AUGUCUCCAUCAAAGCGAGUGGCUCUAGCAGCCCUCCUAGCACUAUGUGCCACUGGCAUCCAAGCCGAUGGGACAGGCCUCAUUGGCUGGGGAAAGACAAUGUAUAACCCAACAUGCUCCUUCGCCUGUCGACAAGUUAUCCGAAAACAACAACUCUCCUGUACUCCAACUGAGUCGACCGAGAAUCAUGGGACAGCGCAUAAUCCCGUCACAACACCACCCGAUUGUUUUGUGGAAGACCAUGUCUUUCUUAAGACUAUGGCUCUUUGCAUAGACACAUACUGUCCCCUCGCAGGGAAUCCUUCUAUGAGUCUAAUCAAAGACUAUUGGGCAUCGCAUCUUGGAACAGGAGCUAUUGGAAAAUAUGACUAUGUCCCGGUCAUGUCAUAUGAAGAUGCUUUGAGUGCCGCCAGGGAAGACGAAUUGAUGGCUUCCCAUAACACAAAUUCGACAUCUGGCCACAAGAGUGGUAGCCACCAUAAAAAGAGAACUGCUCUUUUCCCGCGCCAUGGUGGCCACGAUACAUCUUCUCACGAAGGUCUAGUGACCUUCAAUGUGUCGAGUCCCUUGCCCGUUACUGCUGGCGGAACAGAUCCCCUCAACGGGACCAGCUUCAUCGGCCCUGAGGACUGGCAACUCCAGUAUAACUAUCUCUAUGACUUUGAGGCCAACGAGGCUGGCCAUACAACGGUGACUCUCACCAUCACUCUCGUGGCCAUCUUCCUCCCGGCGAUCCUCUCACUGUUGAGAUUCAUACCUGGCCUGACUAAGAGCCGAGGAUGGGCUUACUGGCAAUCAUUUCUGGUUGUCCCAGCGGUGUUUGGCGAGCGACAUAGUGAGCCAACUGUCGCUGGCAAUGUUCCCAACAGUGGACAAGCACUCUAUAUCGGCUUGAUCAGCAUUCUUAACAUCCUACUCUGGCUCGGACCAUAUACGGUCCAUCAACCUCAGGCUGGUUUUGCCUCCCUCAAGAUGCAGACAAUCAGCGUCGUUGGUAACCGAGCAGGUGACAUGGCAAUGGGUAACGUUGUGGCCUUGUUCCUAUUUUCAGCUCGCAACAAUAUUCUUCUUUAUUUCACAGACUGGAGUCAUAGUACAUAUCUCCUGCUGCAUAGAUGGCUUGGAUACUGGGCUAUCUUCCAUACAACCGUUCACUCUGCCAUGCUUCUCGCAAACUAUGUCAUCCAAGGCACCUACGAAGAAGAACUGGUACGCGAGUACUGGAUCUGGGGUAUUGUAGGAACAGUGGCAGCGUGUGCGGUAGUACCCUGCUCGCUGCUGCCAGUCAGGCAGAAGAUGUACGAGUUCUUCCUCGGGUCGCACAUAAUCUUAGCCCUCCUCUUCAUUAUUGGAUACUACUACCAUAUAUGGUAUCUUUAUGAGUACAAUUGGGGCUACGAAAUCUUUGCAUUCGUGGCUGGGGGGAUUUGGGGUCUCGAACAUGUCGUUCGACUAGUUCGCAUGGCUUGGCAAGGUAAUCGAAAGGCAACGAUUUCGACCAUUUCAGACGCUGACGGAGAGUACAUCCGAAUCGAGAUUGAUGGAAAGCCUCUAGAGGGCGGUGUUGCGUAUCUUGCUUUCCCUACACUUUCGUGGCGUUUCUGGGAGACUCACCCCUUUUCUGUCGCACAUUCUGGCUCGUUGACUAGUGAGAACAGCAAUCAACCAUUGACAACUGGUGCCAAAGAAGAAAGCGUGACAGUCUCACCUAGUUCUACGACAGAUGCUGAAAAGGCUGUUAAUAUCAAUCAGAACACUUCAGUUGUUAGCGCAACUGAGGGGAGAUCUACUGUCUUCUAUGCUCGGGUCCGAACGGGCAUGACCAAGAAACUCGCGUCACGGGUAUCUGGGCAGCAGUCUGAAGCACUUCAACUUCGGGUGAUCGUCGAAGGACCCUACCAUCAUUCUGGCGAUAUUUCACCUCGACUUUCACACUGCAAAGAUAUUUUGGUUAUUGCAGGAGGUGUUGGCAUCACGGCCUGUCUCCCAUAUCUUCGGCAAGGCGCUUCAGGCAAUACAAAACUUUUCUGGUCGAGCCGCAAGAAAGGUCUAAUCACAGCCCUGACACCAGCUCUUGCUGAUCUGCCAAGGAGUGUACAGGUCGAAACGGUUGUGGGGGAGCGUUUGGAUCUUAGGGGCAUCUUGACCCAAGAACUGAUUGGAGCGCCAGACGAUGGUGCGCUGGCGAUUGUCAUGUGUGGACCUCCCAUUAUGGCUGAUGAAGUGCGUAGAGACAUUGUUGAGAUUGUGAGGAGCAACGCCUUAUGCCGCGCCUAUGUGCUCUUGGAUGAGGCUUAUUCUUGGUAG